AUGGAUAAUGAAGAAGAAGUUGAAAAUAGAGAACUCCAAAAUGAAGAGGUUAUGGCACUCGAGGCUAUAUAUCCUGAAGCUUUCCGACUUGAUGCAUCUUCGCCCGAUGCCUACAUCUUCACGCUGAAUCUUGAUGAAGAUAAGCCUGAAUUAAGAUCACCAAGGAAAGUUCUUGUGCGAUUUUUUCUCCCACCCACGUAUCCUAGUCGAGAUAUGCCUGUUUAUGAAAUUUCCUCUAUAUAUUGUGGAAUCAGAAAGAUUGAUGAAGACAUGUUAGAUGCUAUUGAUGCGGGCUUUCAGUCUUUGUUCACACCCACGGUAGUAGUUUUAUUUGAAUGGAUCAAUUGGUUGAGGGAGUAUCUGGAGCAGGAAGUUGAAAUGCCCACCCAUAACGACAACAUUAAUACAGUGCAUGAAGUGAAAGUAGUACUUGCACAUUUAUUGCAAAACAAAAAGAUUGCCAAGGCCACCCAUAACAUCCUGGCGUAUCGGAUAAUGAUGCCUGACGGUAAAGUUUUACAAGAUAAUGAUGAUGAUGGCGAAUCAGCAGCUGGAGGCCGUUUGGCACAUUUGAUGCAAAUUCUAGAGGUUGAAAAUGUGGUUGUUGUUGUUACUCGGUGGUUUGGAGGUAUCCAUUUGGGUCCUGAUCGUUUUAAAGAUAUAAAUAAUGUCGCAAGGAAAACUCUUGAUGAAUUAGGAUACAUCAAUUCUAACCAUUCUUCAAAACCUAAC